AUGUCAGAAACUGAGCUGGAAAAGAUAAAAGUAAGAACAGCUGAGCCUUUUGAAAAUGACAAGAAUAACAUUUCUUGGUUAAAGGAAGGCCUUGGCACAUCCAUUCUGUCCUGUUUGGGUGACUCUGAUAUGCAACUCACAAAUGAAAGGCAUGCUGACGAGAAACCUAUUAAUGCUAUUGUUAUAAAUUCAGUAUCCGAAUUCAAUAUCACUGAUGGACCAGCCAAAGAGACCCCCAGAGAGAAAGACGUGUCACAAUCCAGCGCAUCCUCACUGUCCUCCCUUGAAGAAUGCCAAACAAAAUUUUCCUACCUCCAAGCUGACACUUCAGUUCAUCACAGAGACACUGAUGAGGAAUGCGCCUCCUUGAUCCUCACCUGCCUCUUUUGCCAGUUUCUGGACUGCCUCCUCAUGCUCCCUGACACGUGCGAAACAGUAUGCACCAACCUGUGUUGUCCCUCUCACAGAUACCACCAUGCCCCUGACGAGAACCACCCCCGUAAUGAUUGCAACUGCAACUGCGACAUGGACUGCAGCCUUUUUGAAUCCUGCCACGAGACCAGCGAGUGCCUGGAGCUGGCCAUGGAGAUCUCAGAAAUCUGUUACCGCUAGUGAAAUGAAAGCUCUGCACACGGGCAGUCCUUUUGGCCACAGUGGGAAAUUCCAUUACAACUCAUCUGAGAGUUCCAUGUGCCCAAUUGCAAAGACCAUACACAUUUCUUGGAUGCUCUAGGCCAUUUUAUGCUGCACCUGUCUAGGAAAGCUAGUAUUGUCAACUCAAUGAUCUUGUUCCAAAUUUCACAAAUGCAUGGCUUGCUGAAAAACAUGAUUCCUGAUCACACAUUAUGAGCAAAUCAUAAAUACCUCUUAAAUGCCACAGGUACAAGAUGUUUCUUGACUAUAAAAUAGCAUGCUAAAGCACUCUGUGUGCCUGUGCCCAGCAGCUCGCAUCAUGGAUUCAACCUCAUUCACAAAUUUAGGACAAAUUAGUGCUUUCUUAUAGAACUGACAUACAUUAGCUUGUCUUUU